AUGAAGGCUUCUCAGAUUAUCAGCUGCAUGACCUUGGGCAAGUCCCUUGACCUGAACCUCAAUCUGUUCAUCUGCAGUCCGGCCGCCACUACACAGGGACCCGUGACGUCGGGCGUAGCGCGGCGUACGUCACGGCCGGUUCGCUCGUACCCGUUCAGCCCUCCAGACGAAGCAACCCGCCGCGGGCGCGCGCUCUGCCCGGAACCUCGAGCGGAGGCCAACAGUAGCGUACUUGCGCCUGCGCAGUGCCCAGCUAAGCCCUCCCUCCCCUUUCCCCAGCCCGCGGGGCGGGGCCGGGAUUCCCGGGUUGGCUUCGCCCCCAGCUCCCAGCAGCCUUUCCUGCUGCAGAGCGCGGCGUGCACGUUUGCGCACGUCGGUCUCACAGCGUCCGCGGGAUUUGCCUGUGCCCGGGAUUUGUCUGUGCCCGGGCUUUGGAGCAAAUCCCGAGAGCGUCUGCGCGUAGGCUGCGGGUCUGGAGGGGAGCCGUGGAGCAACGAGAGCCUGCGACCUACUCUAGUCCAGGCACCUGGUCUUCCUCCGUGGUCUCCCGUCAAGUACUAACCAAGCCCAACCCUGCUUAGCUGCCGAGGUCAGACUGGAUCGUCCAUCCUGUAAUUUUUAUUACAGACCCAUUAGCAGAAGUGUGAAAGACGCAGAAACAGAUAUUCAUUGACAAGUGUCAUAAUGAAAGCCUAAAUGACUAUCUGAGCUGAUGAAUAGUGGUUCGGCUGCUCUACAGAGAAUUAGGCAGCCAACACAUAGAAGGGCAGAUUGAAGGAUCUCAGAAACAGAGCUAAAUAAAUCACUUUGCCAAGGAUGUGGAGCACGGCGCAAGGAAUGCAGUUAGCAUUAAUAUGAUGGCUAGAUGGAGGGCCAGGGGAGGGAGGGAGCAAUUGGGAUUGUUUUAUGAACUAUAUAAAUGUCUAACCAAUGUACUGUAUACUUGAAACUAAAUAAAUUUUUAAAAAUCACUUUGAGGGUAGGAUUUAUGUCAGACUUCUAACUCCAUUAUCCACAGUUCCUGGCCUGACUCACAUAGCAGGAAUUCAAUAAUUACUUGUUUACUAAGUAAUCUAAAGAUGGAUUUUUCCUCAUGCCUCUUCUCACUCCUUCCCUCACCUACCACACCUGGGGACUUCAUUUACUACUGGUUCCUUAGAAACACCCUACAUGUAUAUUACUAUUCUCUUUUUUUUCUCUUCAUUCCCUUUUCACAUUGGUGACUUUCCUCUUGUUUAGACGUUAAGACUCCAGCAUCAUUGGUUA